AUGUCUUAGGUUAGUAUCCUCGGAAACCGCGAGCAAGGUUAAGAUGUCAGAAGUGCAAACAUCAUGGCUGUUCAAUCUCUUUCCAACAUUGUUAAGAGUUCUCUUGGUCCACAAGGUCUCGAUAAAAUGCUCGUCGAUGAUAUCGGAGAUGUCACAAUUACAAACGAUGGUGCUACAAUCCUCAAGCAACUCGAAGUCCAACACCCAGCUGCUAAGGUAUUGGUCGAAUUAUCUCAAAUUCAAGACAGAGAAGUUGGUGAUGGUACCACUUCAGUCGUUAUUUUGGCUGCAGAGCUUUUGAAGAGAGCCAACGAACUUGUUAAGAACAAGAUUCAUCCAACUUCUAUCAUGUCAGGUUACAGACUCGCCCUUAGAGAAUCAGUUAAAUUCAUCUAAUAGCAAUUGAGCUUGUCAACUGAGCAAAUCGGCACAGAGGCUUUGAUUAAUGCCGCCAAGACAUCUAUGUCAUCAAAAUUAUUAGGAGCUGAAAGCGAUUUCUAUGCAGAUAUUGUUGUUAAUGCUAUGCAAAGAGUCAAGCAAGUCAACUCUCUAGGAGAGGUCAAAUGCCCAAUCAAGGCAGUCCACAUCCUCAAGACCCACGGUAAAUCAUCAAAAGAGUCUACUCUUGUCGAUGGUUAUGCUAUUGAGGCUGGAAGAUCAGCUCAAGGCAUGCCAACCGUUGUUGAAGACGCUAAAAUUGCUUGCAUUGACUUCAAUUUAAAUAAAUUCAGACUCCAAAUGGGAGUUCAAGUUCUCGUCCAAGACCCAGAAAACCUUGAGAAAAUCAGACAAAGAGAAAUGGAUGUUACCAGAGAAAGAGUCAACAAAAUUAUUGACGCUGGUGCCAACGUCAUCCUCUGCUCCAAGGGUAUUGAUGAUUUCGCUCUUAAAUACUUCGUUGAGCGCAGCUGCAUCGCCAUCAGAAGAGUUAAGAAAGCUGAUUUAAGAAGAAUCGCUAACUGCACUGGUGCUAAAAUUGUUGUUUCACUCGCUGAUUUCGAGGGUGAUGAAAAAUUCGAACCAUCAUUCCUUGGUCUUGCAACUAAGGUCUACGAAAAGAGAGUUGGUGACUGGGACUACACCUUCAUUGAGGGUAUGAAAGAGACCAGAGCUCAAACCAUCAUCUUGAGAGGAGCCAACGACUAUUUCUUAGAUGAAAUCGAGAGAUCUAUUCACGAUUCACUCUGUGUUAUCAAGAGAGUUCUUGAAUCAAACUUGCUUGUAGCUGGUGGUGGUGCAGUUGAAGUUGCACUUUCAAUCUACUUGGACGACUUCGCCAGAACUCUUGGAUCAAGAGAGCAAUUGGCUAUUGCUGAAUUUUCAGAGGCCCUCUUGGUUAUUCCAAAGACCCUCGCCUUGAACGCUGCUAAGGACGCCACUGAUUUGAUCGCUAAAAUGAGAGUGUUCCACAAUGCUGCUCAAAAAGCUGAUGACGAAUAAAAGAAGGAGCUUAAGCACUCUGGAUUAGAUCUCAUCAAUGGAAAGAUCAGAAACAACCUAAAGGCCGGAGUCCUCGAACCAGCAAUGUCAAAGAUCAAGAGUUUGAAGUUCGCCACUGAGGCUGCUAUUACAAUUCUAAGAAUAGAUGAUAUGAUCAGACUAGCACCCAAGGAAGAGGAGGCACCAAGAAGAGUUUGA